AUGGCUUUAUCGCAAAUUGAUGAUCUUCUUUAUAUUCCUUUAAAAUUUAAUAAUUCUUGUGUAUAUUUUGAUUUACUUUAUGUAUAUGAUCCUGAAUCUAAAUAUGAUAUUUUUGCAUUAAUAUCCACUAAAUCACGUAAUCGAGUCAAAAAAAAUCUUUCACCUCCUCGUCCGCCUAAUAUAUUUUUCCUUUUCAAGAAUUGUUUUAUGUUGGAAAUAAAAUCGCAAUUUCCCAAUCUUUUCGAAAAAUUAUCUAUGCCUAACUUAUGUAAAUACGCUCGAGAAAUCUGGAAAAAGAUGCCAGAGGAUGUAAAAUCUAUAUAUAGGAAGUUUUCAGCACAAUCUAUUCACAAUGAAUUAUAUCCAAAUUAUAAAUAUACACCUCGUAAAAAGAAAGGAAGUGCAUCCCAAAAAGAAGAAGAUUUGAUGGCAAAUAAUUUAGUGACUUUUAGCAGUACAAAUAUUUUAGGUAGAAAUCGAAAAUCGAACACGACACCAAUUAUUUCUUCAUCUGAAACAUCAUCAAGUAUUCUUUCGGCUGAAACAUCACCAACUAUUUCUUCGCCUGAAACAUCACCAAUUAUUUCUUCGUUUGAAGGAUUCGAAUACUCCAAUAAUCCUAAUAAUUUUAAUUUUAACACUCUUGUUUCUUAUAAUAACAUAAUCUACAAUGAUUAUUAUAAUAACUUAUUAGUUGAUAACAACAACCUCAUGCAAAAUUGGCUAAAUUAUCUUAACGUUAAUGAAUAUGGUGUCGAUAAAGAUCAAGAAUAUUUUCACACUUGUUAA